CACAGAAACACUUCUCGAAUCCCUCCAUAUACCCAUUCUCCAUACCGCCAGCAUGGAUGAGAUUGCACCAGAGUACGAUGUCGUCGUGCUUGGCACCGGCUUGACGGAAUGCAUCCUCUCUGGAGUCCUCUCGGUCAAGGGCCAGAAAGUGCUCCAUAUGGACCGCAACGACCACUAUGGCGGCGAGGCAGCAUCCGUUAACCUUGAAACAAUGUUCAAGAAGUAUGGAAACUACGAGAAAGGCAGCGAACCGUGGAAGAAGUAUGGGCGUGCCAAUGAUUGGAAUAUCGACCUCGUGCCCAAGCUCCUGAUGGCCAACGGAGAGCUCACCAACAUCCUCGUCUCCACCGACGUCACACGCUACAUCGAGUUCAAGCAGAUUGCUGGUAGUUAUGUUCAGCAGGCAAGUGGCCCUAAGGCAACAGUCGCCAAGGUGCCGAGCAAUGCCAGUGAGGCGCUGUCGAGCCCACUGAUGGGCAUUUUCGAGAAGAGGAGAGCAAGGAACUUCUUGCAGUGGGUUGGCAACUUUGACGAGAGUAACCCAAGCACACACAACGGCAUGAAUCUCGCGCAGACGACCAUGAAGCAAGUGUACGACAAGUACGGCCUCGAGGCAAGCACCCGCGAUUUCAUCGGCCACAGCAUGGCUCUCUAUCCUACCGACGACUACAUUGACCGCAAGGGUGCAGCUAAAGACUGCGUCGAGCGCAUCAGACUUUACGUGAACAGCAUGGCAAGAUACGGAAAGAGCCCAUACAUCUACCCACUCUACGGUCUGGGAGAGCUGCCACAAGGCUUUGCUCGUCUCAGUGCCAUCUACGGUGGUACCUACAUGCUCAACGCCAACGUUGAUGAAGUCAAGUACGAAGGCGGCAAGGUCUCGGGCAUCCGAGCAACCAUGAAGGAGCGGGGCGAAGAGGGCGAGGGCAUGAAGUUCGAGACCAAGUGCAAGAAAAUCAUCGCCGACCCAUCAUACUUCCCAGACAAGUGCCGAGUAUCUGGACAUCUGCUCAAGGCGAUUUGCAUCCUCAAUCACCCAAUCGACAAGACCGACAAUGCCGACUCAUUGCAGCUCAUCAUUCCACAAUCGCAAGUUGGCAGAAAACAUGACAUCUACGUCGCCGUCGUCUCCUCAACCCACAACGUCUGCCCCAAAGGCUACUACAUCGCCAUCGUCAGCACCAUCGCCGAGACCAACUCAAACCACCACCUCGAGCUCCUACCAGGUCUUGAGCGUCUCGGCCGGAUAGAAGAGCAGUUCAUGGGCCCACCAAUCCCCAUCUACGAGCCUCUGUCCAACGGCAAAGACGACAACAUCUUCAUCAGCAGAUCCUACGAUGCGAGCUCGCACUUCGAGACCAUGACGGAGGACGUACGUGACAUUUACGAAAGAGCCGAAGGUCAUCCAUUGGUUGUGGAGGGAUUGAAGGAGGGUCAGGACUUGGCACAGGAGUAGAUGCGAUCUUGAACCGUCGUCGCUGAACAGAUGACAUUGGGCCUGGGAAGUAAAGCUAGGCAAGCAAUAUCGAAGGGUGAAAAGUGUUACGUUUUUGAUAGAUACUGUCUGUAGCAAGUCUCGAAGCAGCCCGAAUAAGAACUCC